UGACGGUCAACCGUGCAAUAGAAGAAACCAUUGCCUCCCUAUCCUACCACCGCCUUGCCCCCCACCCCCAAAUUAACGUCCGCCGCGAAGGUCUUCCCCCUUCCCUGGAGUCACCAGAGCCGCCUUCUCGCCGAAGCAGGCCCGCUACCUUCAAGUGGAGAAACUCAGGCUUCCUCGCCUCCACCUCUACCUGGUUGGUGUGCAUCUGGACGCGAUUCGUUUCGUCGAAACAUAAUGUCUUUUGAAGAUAAUGCAAUGGCUAGUCGUAUCACCUCACCCUCAUCAAAAGCUAUGGUAUCAGAAUCAGAUCUUCGGAUAAUAAAUGUUGCAUCAAAUGUGGAUCAUUCUCAAGCAAAUAACCAGGCAAGUGCAGUCCUCGGUCCAGUGGCUAUCUUUUGGGACAUUGAGAACUGCCCUGUUCCAAGUGAUGUACGGCCAGAUGAUGUUGCUGGGAAUAUACGGAUGGCAUUACGGCUGCAUCCUGUUGUUAACGGUGCAGUUACAGUUCUCUCUGCUUAUGGAGAUUUCAAUGCUUUCCCUAGAAGACUCAGGGAGGGAUGUCAGAGAACCGGAGUCAAACUUGUCGAUGUUCCAAAUGGGCGGAAAGAUGCUGCUGAUAAGGCUAUACUGGUAGAUAUGUUUCUCUUUGCUCUGGACAAUCAUCCACCGUCAUCCAUUAUGCUUAUAUCUGGUGAUGUGGACUUCGCUCCCGCUCUCCAUAUACUUGGUCAGCGUGGAUACACUAUUGCCCUUGCGAUUCCAUCUUCAGUUACCGUCUCAUCGGCUUUGAGCAGUGCUGGGAGUUUCGUGUGGGACUGGCCUAGUCUUGCCCGUGGUGCAGGCAGUGUACCCCCCAGAUCCUUAGGGCAUCGUGCUGCUGAUCCUUUAGUCUGUCCUAACAGUGUAACACCGGGCAAAUUUCCUGACAUACAGACUGAAGAGGAGGCCAUUGUUUAUAUGGGAACUUUUAGGAAUGAAUAUGGUGGCAGAACAACCAGCAACCAGAUUAAUUGCUAUAACUCUUCACAGGUCACCGGAGAAUCAUGCAAAGCUUUCUGUACUCUGGCAGAUGGCAGUUGUGGCACCGGCACGUCAUCGAGGUCACAUCAUGUAUUAGGUGGUUUGAAUGAAGUCCCAGUGAUAGACCAAGGAUUUACAGGCGAACAAUCAUGGUGGGUUCGUCCGGGUGACCUUCAAGGCUUGAAGGGUCAACUAAUAAGGUUAUUUCAGUUAUCUGGUGGAUCUGUUCCACUUGUCCGUGUUCCUUCAGAGUAUUUAAAGCUGUUCGGAAGGCACCUGUAUGUAGCAGAAUAUGGAGCUGUAAAACUUGUUCAUCUUUUCGAAAAGCUGGCUGAGUCUUUUGUUGUCAUAGGGAAGGGUCAGAGGAAGAUGAUUUGCCUACGCAAUUCUGGUGAUAGGAACAUGAAGAAAUAUCCAAGCACACCAAUAAUUUUGAAAAAUGAAAAGAGAUUGAAUGCUACUCUCGAGGAAGGUACUAGUGAAACAUGUCAGCAGUUGAGCAGCUCAUCAGAAGAUCUCUCAGAGGAUGAACAGAAUAUUAACCCUGACGUAGAUGGAGCAUAUGUGUUUGAUAGCCAUCUAUACAAGUGCAGAACAGAGGUCGAGGCUCUUCUUGUCUGUUACUUGUCGUGCCCUCUUCCACUCUCUCAUUUUGAGUCCCUGUAUGAGCAACGGUACAAGAAGACUCUCGACUACCAGAGCUGUGGAGUUGAUGGUCUGGAGGAACUGCUUAACAAGUUAAAAGAUGUUGUCGAAUUGAAUGUAGAUGAGAUCAGCAACAUGAAGUUCAUCAAAGCCAAGUCACCAAAAUGUAGUCCCUCAAAGCCAUUUUAAAUAGUGGUUGUCCUAAUAUCAGUAGUAUAGUCACUUGAGUACUUAGGAUUUUGUUUCCUCGCUGAGCAUGUUUGUCAAGCACUGGGCUGACGUCUAUUUUAAUCAUGUCGGUGGGAUAGGAGCAGACGUGCAGUUGCACAGCAAAUGCUUGCAAUAUUAUCUUGUUCUGCUAAUCUAAUCGAAUAUUGGUUGCUUCAUUUAUUGAAUAGUGAACCAUCUUUUGGCUGUUCGCCACUUGUAUGCUUGGAUA